AUGUUGUCUCUCACAGAGCAGCUAAAAGUGGUACAUCGGUCUGAAUCCUCCAGCUUCAUCAGCUUCCCCUGCGCUGUAGAUUUUGGCUGCGUCGAACAAUCCCAACACCUGCCAUGCACCGGCUAUAAACCUGUCAGGAUCAACAACUUGAUUCUGCAUUCAACAGGAAACAUCAACAAGUUCUACGGACUCCAAGCCGACAAGCUUGGUGAAGGAGGCUUUGGCUUCGUUGUGGAGGCCAAGAGCUUGUCGACCGGGAAUAGAUAUGCUGUCAAGAAGGUCUCCAAGGCUAAGGCGAAACAAAAACGCUUGGAGAUUCGCAGUGAGAUAGACAUCAUGAAAUUGACGGACCACCCAAACGUGGUGAAGCUCCAUGAAACUUUCGAGGACCGCUCUCAGAUGUACUUGGUCAUGGAGCUCUGUGCCGGUGGCGACCUGGACAAGCACAUGAAGGGGCAAGGUGGUCCCUACAGUGAGCACCAGGCCGCUAUCCUCAUGGACCAGGUUCUAAAAGCAGUGUCUUAUCUCCACGACUGCAAAAGCAUUUGUCACAGAGAUUUGAAGCUGCAAAACUUCCUCUUCUCUCGGAAGGCGCCUGUGGAGAACAACGUGCUGAAGCUGGCGGACUUCGGCCUGGCCUGCAGCUUCGAGCCUGGGGGAGUGCUGGCGACAAAAGCCGGCACGGUUUCGUACUGCUCGCCGCAGGUCCUGGGAGGUGUCUACGACAACUCUGCAGACUUGUGGAGCUGUGGCGUCAUCAUGUAUAUGCUGCUGGCUGCGCAGCCACCUUUCCCUGGCAAAAACGAUGCCGAGGUGGCUCAGCGUGUGAGGAAGGGGAACUAUGUCUUCAACGAUGUCGCCUGGUCAACAGUGUCUGAGGAGGCAAAGAACCUCGUGCGGAAGCUCCUGAAGUAUCAGCCCUUCGACAGGGCUACAGCAGUCCAGGCCCGUUCACAUGCCUGGUUCCAGUAUGCGGCGCCGUUCCUUCGGCAUGCAAUCCCCGUGCAGCCAAGCGUGGUGUCCGACUUACUUCGCUUUUCCAGAAAGACCACGUUUCAAAGGGCUGCCCUGCGUGCUCUCGCAAUGCAGCUCAGCCAGGAAGCUGUUGACCGCUGUUCCCAGGACUUUGCGGCCUUGGACUACAAGGGCAUGAGCUUCUUGUCGCUGCAAGAUCUCGAGGAGCUUCUGGAGAUGCCAGACCUCGAGCCGGUCCACCACGAGCUUCGGCAGGUCGUUGGGAUCCUGUACUCCAGGCCGGCGGAUGACAACAGCAUCAGCUUCAACGACUUUAUGGGGGCCACACUGCAGCAAGACCAGUGCCAGGUCGGCAUGCUGAGAGCAGCAUUUCGGAUCUUCGAUCAAGAUGCAGACGGGUGCAUAAGUGCCCAAGACAUCAAGCAGGUGUUUUGCAAAUCGUCCCACGAUGCGAGCGCAGAGGUGGUCUCCGCCAUCUUGGCGGAGGCAUCGAUGGGCAGCAGUGAGCCUCUCCGCUACCAGGACUUCUCGGAAUUCGUUUCCCGUUCAUUAAGCACUUGA